GAAACACAUGUACGUUUGCGAGAAAGAAAGAGAAAAAGAAGAGAAAGAAGAAGAAGAAGAAGAAGAAUAAUAAUAAUAAGAUGAAAAAAAAAGCUAACUAUUAGUAUUUAAGCGAAAAAAAAAGCAAGCACUUUCUUGUAUAGCAUUGUAAGAUUAUUAUAUUCUAAGGAUAUAUUAUCGUUGCGUCCGUGCCGAUACUCUUCGAUUAUUUUAUUAUUUCUUAUUUUUUAAUAUGAGACUCACAUUAAUAUUAUCUCGUUAUAUUUGCGGGAUAAAAUAUAUGAGAUUCAUUUUUUUCAUUUCUCUACUUUAAAAACUCGCGUCUAAUUCCCCAUUCAUGGUAUCAUCCCCCUUUCAUCGUGCUUGAAAAAUAAAAAAGGAAAAGAAAAAAGAAAAAAAAAAAAACAAAAACGAAAUAAAAGAAAAAAACAUACUUAUUGUUAGUUAGUGAGUUGAAGAACGUUUAUUGAAAAAAAAAAAAAAUAAAUAAAUAAAAUAAAGUAAAUAAAUAAAUAAAUAAAAUGCAAGGCCUCGGCAUAACGCAACGAUAAAAUUAUUCGUGCAACACGUUAUACAUACAAUUACACAAAAUACAUGCAUAUACAGAAAGACGUGUAUACACUUAUAUGUAGUACGCGACUCCUUGUAUAAACCCACACUAUCACUUAGUACAAAAGCUGCGGUAAACGUUCGUUCCAACGUUAUUCGCUUUGUAAGAGAGAGAGAACGAGAGAGAGAGAGAGAGAGAGAGAGAGAAAAUAUGUAUGGAAUGUGUGAUGUAUGUAAGAAGAAUAAGUAAAGAAAAAAGAAAACAGACAAAAUAAUAUGCAGCAUAUAAAUCGCGAGUGAUAAGUGUGCGGGAGGAGUGAGAUUUUGAUUAUAUUUCUUAUUUUUUUUUCUUUUUUUUUUUUCUAAGAAAAACAAUAAUAACAACAAACCAGUGGAAAAAAAACGAUACGAUGAAGUGAGAAGAUUGAGAAGAAAAUAAUAAUGAAAAAAAAAAAAAAAAAAAAAAAAAAAUAAAUAAAUAAAAUAAAAUAAAAGAAAAAACAAAAAAAAAAUAAAAAAAAAUGAAAAAUCAUGGUCAUCUUUUAAUUGGUUGUACGGUGUAAUUUUUUUUUUUUUAUUUGUUUCUCCAAAGAACAUCCUCCACCCGCCCAUUAAUCUUCUUUUUAAUGAUCGAAAAGAAUUGAUCAAAUUUGAUGUACUUUUCUAUGGUGUUUUGCCAUAUUUAUACACACACAUUUAUAUAUACACACACAUAUGUAUAUAUAUAUACACACAAUAUCGUUCGAAACGAGCGACUUAUAUUUAGAUCGCUUUUCGCGGUCGAUCUUUGCUAGAGUAAGACUAAGAGAGAGGGAGAGGGAGAAAGUGAGAGAGAGAAAGAGAGAGAGAGAAGGAGAAGAUAUAAGAGACCUUCGUUCUCUCUUUUUUUUUUUAUUAAAGAAAAAAAAAAAUAGGGAUAUUUGUGGAAAAUGAAUCCGUCUUCAGUAAACACACACUUGUCUACGCUCUAAUGGCAUUUUUGUAAAUAAUAAUAUACUCGAAAAGAGAGUAAGACGUUGGUACAUCGAUUCGUACAUCCGUUUUUCUGAAGGAAGAAAAAAAAAGAUAAAAAAAAAGCCAUAAAAUCGUCGUCGAUCUUCUAUCGAAAUGAUGACCACAUGAAUUCGAUGAUUACAAAAUAUUUUUUAGUUCCGAGAUAUUUUGAUACUUUUUUUAGGAUUUGAAUUAUUAAUACAUUUUUUUUUUAUCUAUAAAGAUAUAGAAAAAGUUAAUAUAUUAGAGAGAUAGAGAAAAAUUUUUUUUAUAAUUAAAAAAUUUUAAAAACAGCGUCUCUAUCUCUCUCUCUCUCUCUCUCUCUCUCUCUCUCUCUCUCUCUAUGAGAUAAAAUAUGUACUUAUAUAUCUUUUAUCUAAUAUCUCAAAUGAUUUAUCAUUAGAAUAAUUUUAUAAUCACAUUGGAUUUGUAACGAACGCGUUGAAUUUCUUCUUGAACAUUAUUCGAGUCCCUCUCAAUGACGUCAAAGAUGAGAUGACGAUAAAAAAAAAAAACAAAAACAAAAAAAGAAAAAUUAGAAAAUGCAAGUUAUCUGAUCGAUACAUUGAGAUCGACGUCGAUUUUUUUUAUCAAUUUCUUACUCCAUAAAUAGGGGAACUCAAAUACGGAGAACUUACCCUUAUUAGCGAUAGUGCCUAUUAUCCUAAGAGUAGAAAAAGAAUGUGACGGAAUCAGCCAUUUUUCAAUGAACAUCAUCCUGCAUCGACAUUAAUAAUAUUCUUUUUUUUUUUUAUCGUUGUCAUUAUAUCUUCGGCAAAUAAUAAUAUCUUUAUUUUCAUUCAUUUUCAUUACUUUUGUUUUCCCCGUUAAUCUUAAAAUGAUACGCGUAAAUAGAUUCGAGGUUUAUUGAAUCAUUUUGGAUUUUUUUUCAUUCGCGGAUCAUUUUUUUUUUUUCCCAAUAAUCCUAACUUUUCUCACGCGAUUAUAGAUCUCUUAUUGAUCUCGAUAAUUACAAGUUUAUCAUCGAUCGAUCUAAAUUAUUACAAAUUGAUAUAAAUUAGUAAAAAGACAAAUAUACAAUUUCAAUUUGUAUAAUAUUACAUAAUCGAUUCUUAUGAGAAUUUUAUGAAUACAUAAACCCUCCCCCCAUCAUCUCAAUGAUGAUUGUGAAAGCGGUUUAAGCAAAAAAAAAUGUAAAAAGAAGUUAAUUUAUUCGUAGACCGAUGACUUAAUUAUACGGAUAAUUCGUAAACCGAUGAUUUAAUUAUAUGAAUUACACGAUGUAUGACUAAUCCUUUUACUUGCUCUUUUUUUUUUCUUUUUUUUAAUUUUUAACUUAGGCCACUUUCAAAAUCGAUUAAUAAUCACCCGGUCAUAUCUAUCGUGAAAUAAAUCUGUUAUCUUUUUAUUUCUUUUUCUUAAUGAUCCAAGAUGUGUCUAAGGUCAUCGAUGAAUCUUCAUAAUUUUAAUGUAUAAUCCCACCGAGAAUGUCGGUGUUAUAUAAAUUCAUAAUUUUACGUUGCUAAUUUUGAUAUGCUUCGCUCUUAAGAUUUAUCCUAAAGCUAUGAUUGAUAAAAGGAGGAGAAAAGAGAUGAAAAAAAAUAUUUUUUAUUUUUUCAUACAUGCACUUCUGCGCGUUAGAAUUUUAAACAAAAUAUACACACACACACACACACACAUAUGCAUAUAUACAUAUAUACAUGUAUGUAUAUGUAUAUAUAUAUAUUCCUUUUGAAGUGAUUUAGAGUGCACACAAAUUUUCAUAUGGCUAUUAGAAGACAUAGAAAAAAGAACACCUAAAUAUGUAAUCUAAACACCGAUCGAGUGAUUCUUCUUGAUAGGAAAAAAAAAAAGAAAAAAAAAUCCAAGUAGAUGCCUUGUCAUUAUUAAUCUCGUAUUGAUAACAAGAUGAAAUAAAUGGAAAAAUAAUAAAAUAGAAUAAAAAAAAGAAAAAAAGAAAAAAAAAGAUGAAGGAAUCGUUAUGAUACUUCUAAUAUAUACUCUGAGAUAUAGAAUUUUUAAUGGCCUCUGUGUGGUGGCACUAACGAGAACUCUAAGUUUUCCUCUCUCGUACGAUGCGAUCAUGACAUAAAUAAUUUCUAUUUUUUUUGUUCUCUCUCUUUUUUCUGUUUUUUUUUUUUUUUUAACGAUACAACACGUGGGAGUUUAUUUUGAAAUAUGAAAACCGAGGGAAUGAUUCGUUUUUAAAAUUAGAAGAGUGCGUGAUAAAAAUAGAGAGUAUGUAUGUGCACGUGUAUAUAUGUGCGUAAGAAAAAGAGAAGGAUAUUCAGAAGAAGCUUUAAAAUAUAAUAUAGUAACGCAACGUGUUCGCCUGAUUCUUUGCUCGAUUCUACUUCUUUUAAUGAUGCCAUAAUAAUCAUGAGAAUAAUCUAUUUUAUUCCUUUUGCUGAAGAAGUGAUUCCUUGAAAAAAAAAAAAAAAAAAAAAAAAAAAAAAAAAAUAUCAAGAAGAGAAAGCUUUCGUGCAAGCACGAUGCGUUAUAUGAUUUUUCAUUUUCAGUUUUCAAAUGCGCGCGUUUCUAGCCUAGAAAAACCUGUAAAUGUUGAGACUGUAAUUAAUGAACGUACAAAUAAUUUUAUUAUAACGCGUAUAAUGAUAUAUAGAAAAGAGUUGAACGGAAGGUGGUAGAAGGGGAAAGAAUGAAGGAAAGAUUUUAAAUCCUCUAAGAUCGUCCAACAAAAUGAAUAGAAGAGAGCUGAAUAUUUAUAAAAUCGUGAUUUUUCGCUCGGAGUAAUAAUAAUGAUAAUGAUAAUAAUAAUAAUAAUAAUAAUAAUAAUAACGCGAGUAUCAAAAACCUAAAACGAGUUGCUUUUUAAAAUGAUUAAUCGGUGUGUAAGAUAAAGGCGGUCAACACUUAUCGCGCAAUGGCGUCAUUAGAAAAAAUUCUGUCCUCUGAUCGUAUUAGAGCGCAUAUUUUUAUUUAGGAAAAAAAAAAAACGAAAAAAAGAAACUUUAAACAAGUAUUAUCAUUCCUUUAUUUACUUUCGUCAAAAGUAUUUCACCAUUUUCUUUUUUUUUUCUUUUUCGUUACAAUCUAUUAAGUUUUUAUUUAUUGCGACGUUCCUCUUUCACGCGAUUUUUUUCUUAAUUUUGUCGAUGCGAGAGAAAAAAAAAAUUGACCUGAUCACUUUUUGAAUGAUCACUUUUUAUUUGAAAACAAAAACUGUAAUGGUAUGUAAUUCGUAAAAUGGAAAACAGAAAAAAAAAGUAUAUAAAAUAAAAUAAAGAAAGAAAAGAGGAAAAAAGAAGAAAAAAAAGAAAAAACAUUAGUCCGUAAAGAAGGAAUGAUCUGCAAUUAAUUUCAUCUAAUCUAAUGACGGAUAAAUAGAAAAACAUGGACAGCAUCCGGGGGAUGUGAUUUUUCGUUUUAGACGAGAGCAUCGAUAUUAGAAUAACUAAUGGAUAACUGGCGGCUCCCUUUGAUAUUUUCAUCUCGGCGUAAUUGAAAUUACGAUUUGCGAUAGUACUGUACUAUAUUAGUAUGUUUAUCCUAUGUGUAUGUAUGUACGCAUAAAGAGUACGGAAAUGCUGAUAUGCAACGGCGAUAUCGCUGCCAUAUUCCAAAGGUCUUCGCCUUGCAUUUUCGAUUUAAUCUCGUUAACAAUUUCACACGAUUAAUGACGAAUUAGAUAUAGGAAAAAUGCUAAUUAUACAUAUAAUACAUAUAUAUAUAUAUGUAUGUAUGUAUGUAUGCACGUAUGUAUGUAUGUAUGUAUGUAUGUAUGUAUGUAUAUAUAUAUAUAUAUUAUUUGGCAUCUUUCCCUUUCUGCGUUCUUCGCAAACAAAAAUGGACUCUUAACAUUGAAACGAGUUUCAAGGUUAUACAGUACAAGUCAAAGAGAAAGAGAGAGAGAGAGAGAGAGAGAGAGAGAGAGAGAGAGAGAGAGAGAAAGAAUGGAGUAAAGUCGAUGUUAAUUAUGAUACAUUUUUAAAAAGUCAAUAAUAAUUGUGAAAUCUAAGAAUGGCUAUUGAAUGCUCGUGUUUUAUCGAUAAAAUAGUAUUUAAAGUUUGGCUGGUAAGCCGACAAUGAAUAAGCCUUCCAUAUAAAGAUUGAUUUCUUACUUCAACUGGCUCAUAUCAAAGAUUCUGCUUAAUACGAGUGAACACUUUUGUACAUUGCUAUGUGAGAAAUAGACGACGAGCGUGGAAAGGGUAAAGCAGAAAGAGAGAGAGAGAGAGAGAGAGAGAGAUUUUUACAAAGAUGGCUAAACUUUUGAUUCGAAGUAGCGAUCUUUUAGAACAUGUAAUAAUGAUCGCGUACGAGUAGAAAUUCGUGCGAAUACAACAAAGUUUGGCUUAAAAUAACGCAAAGGAAAGAAAUAAGGGCUGAGGGGGAGAGAGAGAGAGAGAGAGAGAGAGAAGUGUGCUUAAACAUUGAAAAGAUUUUGUAACAUUAUUAAGACUAAUCAUUAUUAAAUCGUAUACUUUAUUCAGAUAUAUGCAUUAUUAAUGGGAGCAUUGAAAAAAAAAAGAAAAAAAAAGUAAAUAAAUAAAAAAAAGAAAGAAGUAUCUGAAAUUGUUUUCGCACUGUUUUUUCUUUCUUAUUUUUCAUUUAUCCAUUUUUUUCUUUUAAGAAAAAAAAAAAAAAAAAAAAAAAAGAAAUAAAAAACCUGACAAAAUAUUGUCAACUUCAUAUGUUAAUUAGCUUCCCUUUUACGUUUCUAAUAAUUCGAUCCCCUGAAAUAUCGAUCAAAUAAACAAGUCCCCUUGGUGUCGUUGACAUUGCGUGUUAUCUCCUCUUUGAGCGUACACAGAAAGCAAGCUAAAAAAGUAUUUACUUCGCAACGCGACAAAAAGUAGGAGAGAGAGAGAGAGAGAGAAUUAUUAUUUUUUAACUUGAACGUUGUGAAAUAUGUCGGUGAGUUCGCGAACGGAUUCGAAAACGAUUUCGAAAAAUCAAACGGAUAAGCCACCCUUCAAACUUUGUUUCUCCAAACAACAACCAAUUGGACGAUCGGAUGCUUACAUUACAAAAACUAAUGCGAACUUUGUAACGCCAAAAUUUUAUUCGAGAGAAUUCGAGGAUUUGCAGAAGAUCGAUGUCGACGAUACGAUUAAACGAUUAACCAACGAAGAAGAGAAAAUUCCAAAGGAAGUUUAUCGUUGGCCGUUAUUGACAAGUCACACUUAUGGCUGGUGGCACGAAAAAGGCAUAGAACCUAAGGAUCAAAGAUUUAAUUUUCACAAGAGAACGUCGGAUUUAGUGAGCUUUCAAAUGAAGAUAUAUGCCGAGGAUAAAAAGACGAAAGUACCUGAUCCUCGAUUGGCCUAUCGUACACCGAUCCUUCGAGAAGGUUAUUCCAAGGAUAAAUUUUACGAUAAAAGAAAUCGUUUGUCCAAGGAUAGGCCAAAUGGCGAAUGAAUGUCUAUUUUAUUACGAUUUUCUUUUCCGUAAUCGUAAUCCUAAUCGUCUUGAGUAUUAAAAAGAGAAAUAAAUAAAUAAAGGAAAAAUGGAAUAGAAUCCUUGGAGAAUUUCAUGUAACGAAGAAUAAAUGCUUUCUGAAUAAUAAAUAUUCGCUAUGGAAAAAAAAAAAAAAAAAAAGAAGAAGAAAAA